AUGGCAAACUCAAAACUUUCUGAUUACUACGCAUUCAAGAAACCAAAUGACCGCCGCGCACUGGACCUGAUGAACGCCGCUGCCGUAGAGGUGCUGAACGACCUGCCGGAUCUAUGCAUUGCCUACGGCGUCAGCGACGAGUACAGGUGUGUUUCACCCGACUCAGCCUGUGUGUUUUUGUCCCUUCUGGACUGA